UGCACUUAUAGUAUGAUUGUCUUGCGGUGCGCUUUUCUGGAAGUUUUAUGAUUGCUUUACAUGAAUUACUUGGCUAUAUAUAGUUAGGAUUUGUAGAUAUUUGUGUUACUUUAUUGAAAUGCUUUGCUUAUCAUCUGACUACCUGACCGCUUUUAAAUAUAAGCGGAAUAUCUGCAUGUUGUCAUUGGGCAGGCAUUGAGGUCAAUCUAGUGCUGUCAUUUCAGGAUGUCUAACUUUGACAUAAAGCCAAGCCAUACCACAGAGAAUUAUAAACCUGGAUCAGGUAGUGACACUUCUUUAAAAAAACGACUUGGUGUUAUCGCAACCUGUGUCGUCGGGGGGUCAUUGGUCGCUCUGUACUCAGUGGCUGUACCGUUUGUUGCACCAGCAUUAAGGAAAGUGUGUCUUCCAUUCGUUCCUGCAACAUCUACACAAAUCGAAAACGUCCUUAAAGUUUUACUAACCAGAUCUGGGUCUCUAGUUGAUAUCGGAAGCGGAGAUGGACGAAUAGUUAUAGCUGCAGCAAAAAGAGGCUUCAAAGCAGUUGGCUUUGAGCUGAACCCAUGGCUGGUCUGGUACUCCCGAUACAAAGCCUGGAGGGAAGGUGUUCAUCACAGCACAUCUUUUUAUAUUUCAGAUCUUUGGAAGGUCAGUUUUUCACAAUACUCGAAUGUCGUCAUCUUUGGUGUUCCUCAGAUGAUGGAACAGCUUGAAAUCAAGCUGCAAACCGAACUGCAUAGUUCAUCUAAAGUGGUAGCUUGUCGCUUUCCUUUUCCUACUUGGUCUCCUGAUGAUAUAGCUGGUGAGGGAAUUGACACCGUGUGGAUUUAUGAUGCCAAGACAUUCAAAACUCUCAUCAGAAAUGACAAAGACAAUGAAGGACAAGAUGAUGUAACUCAGCAGAAGUGAACUAGGAUAACAAGUGAUCCAUUCUUUUACAGCACUGAUUAACUGACAUACAUGUUUGUCUAUUAAAAAAGGUUGUACUGUGCAUACCAGCAAACUGUUUUAUGUGUGUUGAGUACUUGAAUAGUAUUCAUACUGUUUGCUUUUAUUUUGAUAAGAAAAAUGUUUUAUGUGCUCUUGUUUAAUUUGUUUGCCUUUGUAUAUUCAAUAAUUAUGUGAAGUUUGUCAAAUAAAAUUCAUUGGAAUAAUUAUGUUAA